UACAUGGUCGUUUACGUUUAGGACGACAAUGAAUCCUUUGACCAAUAUAAAGAAUACUCAGGAGCUAAACAAGAAAGAGUUAGAACUUGGACUAAUUGGAAAGAAAUCGUGGCAUGACAAGUAUAAAGACAGUGCUUGGGUGUUCUUGGGAGGACUUCCUUAUGAACUUACAGAGGGUGAUGUAAUCUGUGUGUUUUCACAAUAUGGUGAGGUAGUGAAUGUGAAUCUAGUGCGGGACAAACAGUCAGGAAAGUUUAAAGGCUUUGGAUUCUUGUGUUAUGAGGACCAACGGAGCACAGUGUUGGCAGUGGACAAUCUCAACGGAUUCAACUUACUAAACAGGACAAUCCGUGUGGAUCAUGUGGAAGGUUACAGACAGCCCAAAGAACAUGGAGAUGAAGAUGAAGUGACGCAAAAGCUGCGAGCAGAAGGCUGUGCCCCAAAAGUGGCAGAUGAUGAUGAAGAUGAUGAAGAGGAAGAUGACUUUGUUUUGCCAAUAAAGAAGGAAAAGAAAGAAAAACACAAGAAAUCAAAGAAGAAGAAAGAAAAGAAGAAAAAAAAGAAGAAAGAGAAAAACUUCGAAUCAGACUCCAGCAACAGUGAUGAAAAUUCUACAGAUGAUGACAAGACACAUGUGCAAAUUAAGGCAGAAAAAGUUGAUCGUGCUUAUGACAAGGCUCUCACUUACAGUGGACAGAGUCACAGCAAAAGACAUGAAGCUCCAUUUAGUGGUAGUAGAACUAACAAAGAUACAGUUGAUGGCAGAUCAAAUAACAGGCAGAGACUUGAGGAAAGGGGGCCUAAGGACAGAGAGAGAAAAUACAACAAUGAAAGAGAAAGGGGUCGAAGGGAGAAAGAGACCGAUAUUGAUUUUGGAAGGCAGCAGGUGAACAAAGAUGAUCAGUUUAUAAAUGGAAGAGAGAGAAAGACUGGAGAAAGGACAAAUGAUGGAGUAAGGGGAAAAGGCAGGGAUGAAUGGAUGAGGGAACAGGGUAGGGACGGGUAUGGAGAGAGAGAGUGGGAUAGGGACAGAGAAAGAUAUGGUGAGCGAGAAAGGAGAAGACAAGAUGUACGGAAAAGGGAUAGAAGUGAUGACCGCUUGGCAGAUGAAAACAGGAAACGAUUUCACGAUGAACGAACAAGAUCAAAUGACAGGUAUCGAGACAAUGAGAGUGAUUACAGAAGACACAGGUAAGAAUGUGUAUAAUUUUGUGUAAGCCAGGAUAUCAAUAUUUCUUAUAAUUGUGAAUCAUGAGUCGAAAAUAUAGGUAAAUUUUGCCGAAGCACAGGGUACUGAUAUUAGCUGGGCCUGCGAAGAUGAAGUAGUACCAAGUUUGUUAAAACGAAUGAUCUUGACCCACUUUUAAAGUUACAGGGGUACUGAUAUUUGGCCUGUAGCAUGCCGGAUGCAAGGGCUACCUUGUUAGUUUAAUGAAUGAAUUUGACCUUUCAUAGGCCAUGUGUGAGUAGCUUUUGUAAAACAAUUGGUUGUGGGUCGUGGGUCAUGGUAUUUGUGUCAGCAUGCUUGAGGAAUAGACUGAAAAGUCAUAAGAUACAAUGUAAUGGGUUUUUGAUCAACAAAAAUAAUACUCCUCUUCAAAAUAUGGGUUACCAGUAUUAUGAAUAGAUUUGAUAUCUAUUUACUUUAAUUUCCAUCUUCUAUAAAUUUAUAUCUGUUCCCAGUUUAAAUUACAAAACUAUUGAAUGAUUUUCUUUCUCAGAAAAUUGGAAUGUUUGCAUUGUGGGACUAAUGACUCGCCAUUCCUCGAUAAACAAUGAAGAGAUCUUUAUACAAUGUCAUAUACCAGCACUCCAUUUUCAGAAAGCGAUCCAACUAAUUGCUUGCAUAAAACAUAAAACGUGGGAUAAUGAAAAUUAGAGUAUACAUUGAUCAUACUAAAUGGAUGUGUAGUGUACCAAAUUCAGGCCCCUUUGUUAAGUAUUCAUAGCAUAACUUUGCUUUCAUUUAAGCAAUGAUCAUAAAACUUGGUGCAUACAUUGGUCAUAUGAAGACAAUGUGCAAUUUACCAAUAUUAGGGCCCUGCAUACCUUGAUUAUUGAGUUAUUUCCCUUUGUUAAAAUUUUCUGUCUUGGACUUAACUUUACGUGCAUUUAAACUAGGAAAUAGUUAAAAAGUUUGUGUCAUGAGCAUAAUUUGCGUCCAAACUAGGAUAAUGAAACUUGAUGUAUACAGUAAUCAUACUGAGAGAAUGCAACACCUUGAUCACAGAAUUAUUGCCCAAUGUGGACAGUCCAAUUAAGUCGUUUUCAAGGAUCAUUCAACAGUGUCACAGACAGUCAUUUUCUUUUGUUGUUUAAUUUACCAUUGAAAUCUUAUGUGCCAUGAUGUACAUCUGUGCUUUCCUUAAUUGUAUGUACCAUAAUUUUAUAUGACAGGGCAGCAAGCCAGGCAUUUUAACUUAAUCCUUAAUGUGUAUGGGGCAAGUUUUGUGUGGCAAGUUGUGUGUGGUAAAUCAAGUGUGGUAAGUUUUGUGGGAUAAAUCAUGCGUGGAAAGUCAUGUGAGACAAGUCAUGCAUGGUAAGUUGUGUGUGGUAAGUCAUGCAUGGUAAGUUGUGUGUGCUUAGUUGUGGGUGUUAAGUAAUGCAUGGUAAGUUGUGUGUGGUAAGUCAUGCAUGGUAAGUCGUGUGUGGUAAGUCAUGCAUGGUAAGUUGUGUGUGGUAAGUCAUGCAUGGUUAGUUGUGUGUGGUAAGGCAUGCAUGGUAAGUUGUGUGUGGUAGGGCAUGCAUGGUAAGUUGUGUGUGGUAAGUCAUGCAUGGUAAGUUGUGUGUACUUAGUUGUGGGUGUUAAGUCAUGCAUGGUAAGUCGUGUGUGUUAAGUCAUGCAUGGUAAGUCGUGUGUGUUAAGUCAUGCAUGGUAAGUCGUGUGUGGUAAGUCAUGCAUGGUAAGUCGUGUGUGGUAAGGCAUGCAUGGUAAGUUGUGUGUGGUAAGUCAUGCAUGGUAAGUUGUGUGUGGUAAGUCAUGCAUGGUUAGUUGUGUGUGGUAAGUCAUGCAUGGUAAGUUGUGUGUGGUAUGUUGUGUUUUUGAAAUUUUGUGUAUCACAGGACAUGGCAGGUUUGAUAAAUUGUGUUUGUGGUUAGUUUCAAAUGUAUUGAAAGCUAUGUAUUAGAUUCUUCAAGGUAUUUUUAAAUGAAAAAUGUAUAUGUAAUAAUAUUGUUUUGUAAUAUGCACUUACAGAAAUAGAGCAAAUGAAAAUGUA